AGAAGAAAGAACACAGAAUCUUCCUGUGUUCCCCCGGCCUCAACGCGCCAAGGCGUCGCGCUCUCUCUCUCUCUUUCUGACCCGGCGUAGUUCUUUGAAAACUGAUUGAAACUUCAAACCAGUGACGUUCCUGUGGGCUGUGGCAAGCCAAUCUCUCUCUAUUGAUUGAUCGAUUCAUUCACCCUGUUCUCGCGAUUCCGUGGUGUUGAAUUUUGCUUGCCGAGCUCUACCAGGACAGCUAUCUUGUAGAGUUCUUCCACGAUGAACGACCUUCUGACGGAUUCCUUUGAGAUCCCUCGGGAUCAAGCUUCUGGAGUUGGAGAUAUUGAGAUGGGAUCGCAUGGUCCCUCAGGGUCUGGGGACCAUGGGAUGGAAAAUUUCUUGCACAAGGUUGAAGAUGUCAAUAAACAAAUCGAAAAGCUGAACAAGCUGCUCAAGAAACUCCAGGAUGCGCACGAAGAGUCGAAGACUGUAACCAAAGCUGCUUCCAUGAAAGUAAUCAAGCAGCGAAUGGAGAAAGAUGUUGAUGAAGUUGGACAGAUUGCUCGUUCAGUGAAGUCUAAGAUUGAAGAACUUGACAGAGAAAAUUUGUUAAGUAGGCAGAAGCCUGGGUGUGGUAAGGGAACUGCUUCAGAUCGAUCAAGAAUGGGGACAACUGCUGCUUUGAAGAAGAAAUUGAAAGACAAGAUGGCUGAGUUUCAGGUUUUGAGGGAAAAAAUCCAUCGAGAGUAUAGAGAAGUCAUAGAAAGACGUGUUUAUACAGUAACCGGAACAAGAGCCGAUGAAGAGACAAUUGACAGACUGAUAGACACUGGGGACAGUGAACAAAUAUUCCAGAAGGCAAUUCAGGAACAAGGGCGGGGCCAGAUUAUGGACACUGUUGCUGAAAUUCAAGAGCGCCAUGAUGCUGUGAGAGAACUAGAGAGGAAGCUUCUUGAUCUGCAGCAGGUGUUCCUGGAUAUGGCAGUUCUGGUUGAUGCCCAGGGGGAGAUGAUUGAUGACAUAGAAACCCAGAUCUCGAGUGCGGUUGACCACGUUCAAGGUGGGAAUGUAGCCCUUCAGAAGGCGAAGAAGCUGCAGAAGAACACGAGGAAGUGGACCUGCAUAGCUAUCAUUAUCCUCCUCAUCAUAGUCGCGGUUACCGUCUUAGGAGUCCUCAAGCCUUGGAAAAAGAGCUAGUGCUCGCCUUGACGACUCUUAGAAGUAUGAUAUGAGUAGCAUCUUCGGCCGAUAGAUAGUAUGCUUGCAGCAAUUUUUGUCCAUAAAUUUUGUUUCCACAUUCUGAACUUCGAUUUUCCUCCUUGAGAUUCAAUUGGGAAUGCAAACCCUUUUUUUUCUUCACCA